AUGUUCAAAAGCUCGUUUAAUAAGCUGUAUGAGAUAAUCAAAGACCAUUCUUUAUAUAAGUCACCAAAAGGACAUAAGCAGACUGAUGUAAAGCUUCAAUUAGCUUUGGUCUUGGAGAGAUUAGGCUCAGACGGGAAUGCUGUAUCCUAUAGCAGGCUUGCACAAAGAUCUGGUGUUGGAGAGGGCAGUGUCUUAAACUUCACAGUUCGUUUCUUCAAGACAGAUGACAUGAUGACAAUGACAAUGAAGAUUUCAUGGGAGAAAAAAGAAAAAGAAGAGAUCGAAAGGAUCAGCAGAGAAGGUGUGACUGGCACUGUAGAUGACUAUCCAGCAAUGUCAUUGUCAGAUGAGAAUGCUAAGCUCAAACGUAUCCAUAUCAAAGAAGAGAUACUCAUAAAAAACGGAGAUGGGAAUCUUCUUAAAAAAAUAAAAAAUAAAGAAAUAAAUUAUCUCAAAAGUAGAAAUGAUAUAUAA